AAAAAAGGGCUUGAUGCACUUUCACUUCUCAGAACAGACAGGGCAGAGGAGUGCAAUAGUCAUUUUGUUCUCCUGGGAAGCAGAAGCAAGUGUCCCUUAUUUCAUUUGAAGGAGGGGAAGGAACACAUAUCUGCCUUUGCACAAUGACUCCUGGUUUGUUUUUAUUUGGCCUAGCUUGUGCCUUAAUCCAAAAUGUUGAGUCUGAUACAUUUGUCUGCCCAAAAGAGGUGACUGGAAAAUUGGAAGGGUCAGUAUCCAUCACUUGCGCAUACUCAACUAUUACGAAGGCCAAUAAGCAUAGCCGCAAGUUUGUUUGCCAAGAACGAGGAAGGUCUGGAAAAUGUCAAUAUACAAUCGCCUCUACGAAUAACUAUGUACACCAGAACUUUUUCGGCCGUGUUUCAAUUGAAGACAAUAAAAACGACGGCUUGGUCACCAUUACUUUGUCUAACUUAAGGAAAACCGAUGAAGGCACUUACAUUUGUGGCUUGGGCACAGAUGUGAAUGGGAUUAAAGCUAUGUUCACUUUGGCUGUCACUGAAGACUCAGUCAUUCCAAAUGAGGCAGAACUUCUCUAUGGUCAGUUGAGGGGUGCAGUGAAGUUCCAUUGUGAAUUUGGAGAUCAACAUGCUGAACUCAGGAAAUAUCUGUGCAAAAUAGAAAAACAUGGCUGCAAGAAUGUUAUUGAUAGUUCAGGAGCAAUUGAUACUGCAUACCAAGGAAGAAUCAUUCUCCAAAGAGAUGAAAAGAGGCCAGCAAGUUUUACUGUCAAAAUAAUACAAUUGAGAACUGAAGAUUCUGGAUGGUUUUCCUGUGGUGUGGGUAACUAUGGAGGUGAAGGAGACACUACAGAGUUUGAUUUGAGGAUCAAUGAAGAGACUGAUAUACCCCAAGGAUCUAAACUAUUGUCAACCAGAUUGGGUGGAUCAGUGUCUGCCCAGUGCCACUACAAUCCUAAAAAGAACUACACUGUAAAAUUUUGGUGUAAAUUGGAAGAUUCGAGCUGUGAGCCACUCAUUAAAACAGAUGGCUAUAUCAAGGAUGUUUUUGAGGGAAGACUGCUUAUUCAUGAUAACACUACAAAUGGAACUAUGCAGGUCCUCAUGAACCAGAUCACUAAAAUAGAUGAAGGCUGGUAUUGGUGUGUGUUGACUGAUGGAAAACAUGACCAAACCUCAACUGUACAAAUCAAGAUUUCUGAAGAAAAUCAUGAAGGAUUGACUGCUGGCACAAUAGUGCAGGUUAAGAAUGGGGAAACAGCUAAAAUCACAUGUUCCUAUCCAUGCAAGUACAAAUCCUAUAAGAAAUAUUGGUGCAAAUGGAAUAACAAUGAUUGCAAAGAAGUAGCCUUUGAAAUCGAUGGUGGUGAAGAUGGUCUGAGUGUAUCGUGUGAGAAUCAGGAACUGGUCCUUACCAUUCAAUCAAUAUCUGAAAAAGACAGCGGAUGGUAUUGGUGUGGAGUCCAAAAAUCCGGAAGAUAUGGAGAAACUAUAGCAGUGCAAGUGCAUGUAAUAGCGGAAGAAGCAACAAGUGAUGUUUCUGAUUCUAAGAUCAAUUUACGUGCUAAAGGUGUGGAAAAUGAAAUUGUUGACUCUCUCAGUGAGAACAAACAAAACAGUGUGCUUCCUGCGGUUCUGUCCGUUUGUGCUGCAGGCCUGGUGGCUGCUGCUGUUUUCUUCAUCAUUAGAUACAAAAGAAAGAGGAAUUCAGAUUUGGUUUCUAUUGGAAGCUACAGGACUAACAUAAGCAUGACUGACCUGGAUAAUGGUAUAGGCAAGGACAACCCUGCUGUAAUUGAUACGCAGGAAACUGAUAUCAGCAACUCAAAAGAUGGAGCAAAGACCAAGAAAAAGGGGUCUCAAGAAGAUCUUGCUUAUUCCAGCUUCCUUAUCCAUCACAACGGCUCGCCAAAUGAAGAAAAUGCUGCUUAAAUUUACCUUGGGAAUUCCAAACAAGUCACAUACACAAAUCACGCAAUAACCUAUCUAUGCACAUUCAAUCAUUAAUCAUUGCAGCUACAGCUAAAUGCCUGUGUCUUUAUUGCAUAUCUUAUAUGUGAAACUGUAUAUUUACUUACAUAACACAAAUACUUAUAAUGCAUCGACAGAAGAAUGUACAACACGUGAGAAAUUUACAUCCAGCAUGAUUCAAAGAACCACAGGGGUGCUAACAGUGAGACACUGUACAUUUGGCACUAAAGUGAGAAUCUCAGAGCCAGAGAUUGAAUGGCUCAUACAAAUAUUUGAUGGCAUUAGAUUAAUCAUUCUUUUAUAGAAGGAAAACUCCCACACGGGAGAUAAAUAUUGGUAUUAACGUAUUAUCAUUAAAACUGAGGUUUAGAGGACUUGUCCAACCUCUACAAUUACAGAUGUGAGCAGACGCGCUCGGUGACCUGCACAUCCUCAUAACCAUCCUGGCACCUGCUAAACUACUUUUAUUCAGCCUCCCUGUAUUCUUUGAGUCUUAGGAUCGUACAGUGGUGAAGAUUGGCCCCAGACUCUGGGCCACUUUGCACAGAAGCAGGCUCAAAGUGGCUCCAAACCUGGAAGGUCAGCUCCAGACAGUUCAUCAGAUUCACAGAAAGUUGCCUCGCCUGCUAAACAGCCAGAGCUAACACUUCAACGGGUCUCCUCACAACUUCUGACCACCAUUACAACCUGUCAGGUUACUCUCAUGGGCAAAAUUGAAGAAGUGUGGGUGGAUUUGGUACUCCUCAGACAUGAUAUGUGCUGUGUGAGAAGCUUACUGAGGUGGAGAACCGAGUACCUAAAAUAAAGGAUUGGGUGAGCCCCAUUACUCACUGUUUGAAAGAUAUAGAGACGGAAGUCUCUUCCAGGUGUGUGAAAGAUGACGACCAGGAGAAUAACCUCCAUUAUAAUAAUGUCCAAAUGGUG